AAGUAAACACGGGUCAUCUCUCUCCCUUCCAUUAAUCUAUCUCUCACUUCAAUAUCGGAAGUCUCUCAUUUGCACGUGCCGCAACUGCCGGCGUCUGUCCCCCCCACACCUUUGCCCCUCAAACCUCCUCCAUAUAAUCCCUCCCUUCUCUCUUCAUCAAACGCUUUUUGUUCUCUCUCUCUCUUUUAACAAUUCCAAUCCUUCCCCUCACUUUCCAAUGCAGCUCGCCAUGUCGGUAAAAACAGUGAAAGUUAGUAAUGUUUCUUUAGGAGCUUCUGAGCAAGACCUCAAGGAAUUCUUUUCUUUUUCUGGUGAUAUUGAAUAUGUUGAAAUGAAAAGUGAGAAUGAGCAAUCUCAGAUUGCAUAUGUAUCCUUCAAAGAUUCUCAAGGAGCAGACACUGCUGUUCUUCUUUCGGGAGCAACAAUAGUUGACCUUCCUGUCACCGUAACUUUGGAUCCAGAUUACCAGCUGCCACCAGCUGCUUUAGCAGCACUUGUUGCAACAGAAAAUAAAGCUCCGAGUGAUGAAUCAGCUCUUCAUAAGGCAGAAGAUGUGGUUACUGGCAUGCUUGCUAAGGGCUUUAUCUUGGGUAAAGAUGCGAUCAACAAAGCCAAGAGUUUUGAUGAGAAGCACCAGUUGACUUCAACAGCCUCAGCUAAAGUUGCUUCUUUAGACAAAAAGAUAGGUCUCACUGAGAAGAUUAGUGCUAGCACCACUGUUGUUGGUGACAAAGUUCGGGAAGUGGAUCAGAAAUUUCAGGUUUCUGAGAAAACUAAAUUGGCACUUGCAGCUGCUGAGCAGAAAGUCAGUAGUGCAGGAUCUGCCAUAAUGAGUAACAGGUACGUGUUUACUGGGGCUGCUUGGGUGACAGGCACAUUCAAUAAGGUUGCAAAGGCAGCUAAAGAAAAGGUAGGGAUGUCCGAAGAGGAACAAAAGAGGAAAAUGGUGGAUGACUAUGCUCAGGUCCACCUAUCUGAGUCCCCAAAAGCAUCUGGUGAAAGUGAGCAGCAGCCUUCCAAGCCUCCACCUGCUCAAGGUUUGAUUCUUUAAUUUGUAAUUGUAAAUUUCUUAAUUUGAACUUUGGUAUUUUACUACCACUUGAUUACUCGCCGGAGUUCUUACUUCUUCCAGUAAGGAAAAGCAGUGAAUGUAGGACAUGUUGCUCCAAUUAGCUGGAUAAGAUUGCAUGUAAUGGCUUGACUCAUCCUCCCUGGAACAAGAAUAUACCAAAUUAUGUUAAAUUUUUGUUGUUUC